AUGCCGUCACAACCGGCCGACGACAAAGCCUCCAACUCCGGCAUCGUGACAGACCGGAACAGCGGCCAGCGUCACAUCCCCGAGUCCAUCCGAGCCGACGGCAGCACCCGCAAGGCCAUCAAGGUCCGUCCGGGGUACCGGCCCCCCGAGGACGUCGAGCUCUACAAGAGUCGAGCCGCCGAGACCUUUCGCGACCGUGGGAAGCGCAUAGGUAUCCCGGGAGCAGCGAGCGUCCAAGAAGACAAGAAGACUACGGGAGCCGAAGCAUCAUCGUCACCGUUCGCCGCCACCGCAACGGCCGCCGGUAACAAGAAUGCCAAGAGGCGCGAGGCUCGUAAGAAAGCCAAGGCUGAGGGGGCAAGCACCGCUGAGGGCGUCGAGGAGGAACAGUCCAAGUCCAAGCCCAAGACCAAGCCCGCAGAGGGAGAAGACGGCGGAAAGGAUGAGGCGGUAGACCCACAGGCCGAGAAUGAGAAGAAGGCUCGCAACCUGAAGAAGAAGCUCAAGCAGGCUAAGGAGCUGCAGAACAAGAAGGAAGGCGGCGAGACUCUCCUGCCCGAACAGAUUGCCAAGGUCAUCAAGAUCAGCGAGCUCAUCCGCGGGCUCGAGGCUCUGGGCUUCGAUGUCGAGGGCGAACCGCUCUCCAAGGUGGAUGACGAUGAGGCUAGCAAGAAGGACUGA